GACGUGAUCCACUGUCUGCGAGACACGUCAUAUCUUGCGUCACGCAAAACUUGACUUUCCCCUUUGGCGCGUGAGUCACAUUCGUUGACAACAGUCCCCAAGAGUUCCUAUAUCUUUGGGUCCGCCGUAUUUUGCAGUGAUUUACACCGGAGACAGCGGCAAGAAUGGCGUUCGCAUCUCAAAUGCCCUCACGAGAGUUUCUGUGGGAUGUGUUCAACAGAGUGGAUAGAGAUCGUAGUGGAUAUAUUUCGGCUGAAGAACUGCAAGUUGCUCUAUCUAAUGGAACAUGGACACCCUUCAAUCCAGAAACCGUAAGGCUAAUGAUUGGUAAGUGGAAGUGGUCUCGAGAUUUUGUCCCCAAUAAUAAUUUGAAUGUUUAUGAAUGGCAACUGAUUUUGAUGUUUUUGUAUUCAGGAAUGUUUGACAAGCAAAACCGAGGGCAGGUUUCCUUCGAAGACUUUGGUGCUUUAUGGAAGUAUGUGACAGACUGGCAAAAUUGUUUUCGUUCAUUUGACAGAGACAAUUCAGGCAAUAUUGACAGAAAUGAACUGAAAACAGCACUUGUCACUUUUGGAUAUCGAUUGAAUGAUGGCAUCAUAGAUAUUCUACUACGAAAAUACGACCGUAGUGGAAAUGGAGUUAUAUUUUUUGAUGACUUCAUUCAGUGCUGCAUUGUAUUAUAUACUUUGACAUCAGCUUUUCGUCAAUAUGACACUGAUCAAGACGGUGUCAUCACUAUUCAUUACGAACAGUUUCUCAGCAUGGUUUUUAGUUUAAAAGUUUAAGGUGCCAAAUAAUGUUAGUUAUUUCUCUUCCCAAAUCAAUUGCAUUGCCCGUGCCCGCAUCACCAUCAUCCCUUUAUGUAAUAAGGUUCUGCAUUUAAAUUUUUGUUCCCCUAGUUUUCACUAUGUUUUUGCCUUAGAGAACUUUUCUGUGAGUAUUCCAUCUAUUUUGUUUUUUAAUCAUUGCCAGGAUAAACUGACUAAUCUUGACUUGAAUCUCUUUAGAAGUUUUCUGAUGGCAACAUUUUUUUGGUCAAUGUGGAUGUUCAUUAAGCAUUUUUUAUCAUGUAUUUUCAUUUCACCCUUAUGUGAGUUUUAUACAAUUUGAAAAAUUGUUUAUUAUAAUUCAAUAUGAAUAAUAAAAGACAACAUGCCAUUUUUUGCUAA